AUGGCGAAUGGGUAUUGGGAUGGUGGCACAAUUAAAGGAAGUUCUGAGGCAGGAAUUACGCUUGUAAUGCAGAGCAGCAUUUUUCACCCUCCACCGCCCCUCCCGUGCCUCCAGGUGUCCGCUCACUGCUGUGAAACGCCACCAGGUCACCAACUAACGGGCUACAGGGGGGAGAGCGGGGCCGUUUCGGCCUGCGGAGGCUGCCCCGAGGCAGCCCGGGCUCUGCCCACGCCCGGCGGGCGCCUGCGGCGAACGAGCCCGCGGGCGGAGCUGGAAGGCCGGGCCGCAGGGCGUUUGAUCUUACUAUUCUAUCUGGUAUUUUAUGGCUUCCUGGCAGCACUCUUCACAUUCACAAUGUGGGUUAUGCUUCAGACACUGAGCAAUGAUAUACCAAAAUACCGUGACCGGAUUUCUAGUCCAGGACUUAUGAUAUCACCAAAGCCAGACACUGCAUUGGAAUUUUACUUUAACAAGAGUGAUGCAGGCUCUUAUGCAGAUUAUGUUUCUAGACUUAGAAGAUUUCUUGGAUCGUAUGAUGAUUCAAAGCAAUUGCAAAACAUAAACUGUACACCAGGAAAGAUUUUUGAUCAGAACAGUGUUGCUGUCAAAAAGGCAUGUCGUUUUAACCUCGCUCAGCUUGGACAAUGCUCUGGAAAGGAAGAUGAGACCUUUGGUUAUUCUAAAGGAACUCCCUGUGUGAUUGUGAAAGUGAACAGAAUAAUUGGAUUAAAGCCUGAAGGAGAACCACAUAUAUUAUGUACAUCUAAGGAAGAAGGCAUGGUUCAGAUAAAUUAUUUUCCGGCUGGAGGCUCCAUUGACUUAAUGUACUUUCCCUACUAUGGGAAACGCUUGCAUGCUCACUAUUUACAGCCUCUAGUGGCUGUUCAACUAGCAAUUCACUCCAACAGUACCAAAGAAGAAAUAACAAUCGAGUGUAAGAUCCACGGCUCACCUAAUUUAAAAAAUGAAGAUGAUCGUGACAAGUUUCUGGGACGAAUUUCCUUCAAAGUUCAGAUGACUGAAUAGCAUGAGUAAAAAAUUGUCCACAAAGUAACCUGUUGUGUUGUCUGUUUUGUAUCAGUUGGACAUGCCAUUCCUAGGAUAUGAGACCACCUUGGAGAAUGUUAAGGUGGUUUAUGGCAUUCAGGGUAGCAUAACAAUAUGCUUCCAAAUCUUAUGUUUAAAAUUCCUCAAAAUAAAUGCCUGUCCUGCUUCUGCCUGCCCCAUUGGAACAGUGUACAGACUGUAGUUAUGUCAUAGGGACCUGUAAAUAGCUGUUUUCAAACAUUCUACUGAUGACCUUUGUCCUGUUUUAAAAUGUGGUUUUAUCCCCCAAGUGAGUGUCUCAAGCUUAAUGUGCUGUGCUAUGUAAAUAUUGUAUUGAUUUAAUACUGGUUUAACUGUCAUAUCUCAAUGCUGACACAGUUAUAGGGAUAAAUAAUAAAUGGUACCUGGUUGACAUAGUGAACUUUUUGAAAAAGUGAACACCUCCAACAUAAAUUGUGUGUAUGGGAGUGGGUGGGUGGGUGGAUGGAUGGCUGUGUGGAGAUGCCUUAAAUUGUAUACUGGGUGGUUUGGGAGAAUUGGAAUGGAUUUUAAGAGUUGGUAUGGAUUUUUGAAAGCAAGUGCUCAACUAGUACUUUCUUGUGCUUGUCACUGUGCAAGUAUUGUGUACAUGUAAUACUUGGGUAUAGUUUGGUAUUCUAGCUGAGGAAUUGAAUCUUUCUUCGUGUUGUUAAUUGCUUGCAGUAUGUGGAGCACAAAUCUAUACAAUAUUUUAAAACUUUCUAGUUCAGAAAUAUCAAUAUACAACAAUUUAAACUGCCUAGGGUCCUGGUAACAGUUGUACAACAGAGCUGCUUGAAAGAAAUGGCCUCACUAUUGUGGGAAUAGGCUUUCAUUUUCCAGUUAAAAAAUUCCCUGAAGAACCUAUGUUUAA